AUGCUCUUGUGUCGGUGUAUGGCUAAUGUUGCUUUCACCGAUACACAGCGUUUGAUUGGUGACGCCGCAAAAAACCAAGUCGCCAUGAAUCCUUAUAAUACUGUUUUUGGCACCAAACGUCUUAUUGGUCGUAGAUUUAUGGAUGCUGAAGUACAAUCGGAUAUGAAG